AUGACUUCAAGUGACCCCAAAUUACCUCAAGUCAACUUGCUCAAGGCCUCAGGUGACAUCAAGAGACCAAAAAAUGGCGUCAAAUGCCCAAAGGUGGGUGGCAGCGCCUGGCUGACACGGGCGGCAGUGCUGCCGCCUUGUGCCCAGAGUGCGAUACUGCAGCCCUUCACCAAGGCCCUCCCACGGCCACCAUCCUGGAAGUGUCUCGGCUGGGACGCUUUUGAUCUUCUCAAAAUGGUGUUAAAAAAAAUAAAGCGGGAAAUUCGCAUUAGAUCACCAGUUUCAUCUACAGCAACAAGGGUACCAGCCAGCGGGAAACUGGCGGCGAAGCGCGAGGAAGGGCCGCGCGACGACACCAAGUGGCCCUUCUCAGCAUCCCAGCCUUCCGACCAUCAGGGAGGACGAGUGGCCUCGCGGCCAAGUCCAGCAGUUCAGCGCAGCCACGAGGACGGACUCCGCCUCUUCCGCCGGACAGGUACCCUAAAUCAGGGCAAUCGUCGGGUCCUCCGCAGCAGCGUCACCAUCUCUCUCCAGGAUGAGGACCUGACGAGAGUUCCUGCUGGGUUCCUGGGCCCCCUCCACAACUGUCGGGACACCACCGUGCUCAUCUUAGAAGACUCCUUCAACACGCCGAAUGAAAUCACCAUCUUACCUGAGGCAACACUGGACAAGACUAUUAAGGCUAUCAAAGCUGCAGGGCUCCAGAUAGCGGAAGAGAAGAUCCAAUUCUCAGCACCAUGGAGGUACCUCGGAUUCCUCAUCACGGGAAGGACAGUGACACCACAGACACUGACCAUCAACGAGGAUCCGAAGACUCUGCGAGACCUUCAGCAGCUGCGACGGAGACCUCGCCUCACCGCGCGAGCUGACACCUGCCGCGCGGGAAGCCCUGCAACGGGUUGCUGUUGCUCUGAAGUCUCGCCAGGCACACCGCGUGGUCCGGACCCUUCCCGUGAACUUCACGGUGUUGGGUAAGUGCCCCCACCUCCAUGGACUUCUCUUCCAGUGGGAUAACAGAGCAUCUGAUCCCCUGGUCAUCUUAGAGUGGCUCUUCCUACCACACCAGCCCUCUAGGACGAUCACGACCCCUGCAGAAUUGCUAGCCACUUUAAUAAUGAAGGCACGACACCGCCUCCAAACCCUCGCAGGGUGUGAUCCUGCGUGCAUUUACUUACCUGUUACAUUAGAUCAAUUGGACUCGUUGUUGCAAACUAAUGAAACUUUGCUCAUUGCUCUGGACAGCUUCCCUGGACAAAUUUCGGUUGACUAUCCUAAGCAUAAAUUGUUUAAGGAUACAUUGCAUUUGGCCCCAAGAAUGUUUAAAAGUAAAACACCAAUUCCAGGUGCUCUCACGGUGUUCACCGAUGGGUCGGGCAGAUCCCACAAAUCGGUGAUCACUUGGAAGGACCCGGACAGUCAGAAGUGGGAGUCUGACGUCCAACUGGUUGAGGGUUCCCCCCAGAUCGUGGAACU